GAGGGCUUCUGCCACUGCGGCGGCGUGUGAUAUCCUUCCGCGGGACGGUGACGCGGUCUUUUUCCCCUUCCGAUAACACGGGCUGAGAGUGAGCAGCGGCAGUCCUGCUCAGCCAGAAAAUAUUCACAUCCAGAUAUUAAAAAACUGUGCAUAUUCACCGUAAAGUCGACAAGUGGGGGGAAAAUACCUGAGCGUUAUCUGCUUCUUCCCCUUUGGCGUUCUUUGCUUCAUUACGUUCCUGUUACAUCACUUGAACACAGAAGAAAUAUUAUCCGGUUUGUAUUGUGUGCUGCACUUUUGUGGAGAAGAGGCACGGACAGAAUGGAGCUGAUCACAAUCCUCGAAAAAACUGUCUCUCCAGAUCGGAACGAGCUGGAGGCUGCGCAGAAGUUUCUGGAGCAGGCGGCGAUUGAAAACUUGCCCACAUUUCUAGUGGAGCUUUCUAAGGUUCUGGCAAAUCCUGGAAACAGCCAGGUGGCCCGUGUGGCAGCGGGGCUGCAGGUCAAGAACUCGCUAACCUCGAAAGACCCGGAUGUGAAGGCACAGUACCAACAGCGAUGGUUGGCCAUUGACAGCAAUGCCCGGCAGGAGAUCAAAAGCUACGUUCUGCAGACGCUGGGCACGGAGACGUACCGCCCCAGCUCGGCGUCUCAGUGUGUUGCCGGGAUAGCCUGUGCCGAGAUCCCUGUGGCCCAGUGGCCGGAGCUCAUACCUCAACUUGUAGCUAAUGUCACCGAUCCCAGCAGCACCGAGCAUAUGAAGGAAUCUACCCUGGAGGCUAUUGGCUACAUCUGCCAGGACAUCGACCCAGAACAGCUGCAGGAUAACGCCAACCAGAUCCUGACAGCCAUCAUCCAAGGUAUGCGCAAAGAGGAGCCCAGCAACAACGUAAAGUUGGCAGCUACGAACGCACUGCUCAAUUCCUUGGAGUUUACCAAAGCCAACUUCGACAAAGAGACGGAGCGGCAUUUCAUCAUGCAGGUUGUGUGUGAAGCCACGCAGUGUCCAGAUAACAGAGUACGAGUUGCUGCUUUACAGAAUCUGGUGAAGAUAAUGUCUCUCUAUUAUCAGUAUAUGGAGACAUACAUGGGACCUGCUCUGUUUGCUAUCACAAUAGAAGCCAUGAAAAGCGACAUUGAUGAGGUUGCCUUACAAGGAAUUGAGUUCUGGUCCAACGUCUGUGAUGAGGAAAUGGAUUUGGCUAUUGAAGCGUCUGAGGCAUCGGAACAGGGACGCCCCCCAGAGCAUACUAGCAAGUUCUAUGCCAAAGGUGCCCUGCAAUAUCUGGUUCCAAUUCUCACCCAGACACUUACCAAACAGGAUGAAAAUGACGACGAUGACGACUGGAACCCGUGUAAGGCGGCGGGGGUGUGCCUGAUGUUGCUGGCCACCUGCUGCGAGGAUGAUGUCGUCCCUCAUGUGUUGCCCUUCAUCAAAGAGCACAUCAAGCACCCCGACUGGCGUUACCGUGACGCUUCUGUGAUGGCUUUCGGUUCCAUCUUAGAGGGUCCUGAGCUGACCCAGCUCAAACCAUUAGUCAUUCAGGCUAUGCCCACGCUGAUUGAAUUGAUGAAGGAUCCUAGUGUUGUGGUGAGAGAUACUACAGCCUGGACUGUGGGUCGCAUUUGCGAGCUGCUUCCUGAAGCGGCCAUCAAUGAGGUCUACCUGGCGCCCCUGCUGCAGUGUCUGAUCGAGGGUUUGAGCGCCGAGCCACGUGUGGCGUCCAACGUCUGUUGGGCCUUCUCCAGCCUCGCGGAAGCUGCAUAUGAAGCUGCGGAGACCACUGAUGACCAGGAUGAACCUAGCACUUACUGUCUGUCCUCCUCCUUCGAGAUCAUAGUCCAGAAGCUCCUGGAGACCACAGACAGGCCGGACGGGCACCAAAACAACCUGCGGAGUGCGGCGUAUGAAGCUCUAAUGGAGAUAGUGAAGAACAGUGCGAAGGACUGUUACCCAGCUGUGCAGAAGACCACCCUUGUGAUCAUGGAACGGUUACAGCAAGUUCUUCAGAUGGAGUCCCACAUCCAGAGCACUUCUGACCGAAUCCAGUUCAAUGACCUGCAGUCCUUACUGUGUGCCACCCUGCAGAAUGUAUUACGGAAGGUGCAGCACCAGGAUGCACUGCAGAUCUCCGACGUGGUGAUGGCCUCGUUGCUGCGCAUGUUCCAGAGCACGGCUGGCUCUGGGGGUGUGCAGGAAGACGCCCUCAUGGCGGUCAGCACUCUGGUGGAAGUUUUGGGCAGUGAUUUCUUGAAAUACAUGGAUGCUUUCAAACCUUUCCUGGGCAUUGGGCUGAAAAAUUAUGCAGAAUAUCAGGUGUGUCUCGCCGCUGUUGGCCUGGUCUGUGACCUUUGCCGAGCACUUAUGACCAACAUCCUGCCUUACUGUGACGAGAUCAUGCAGCUUCUUCUGGAGAACCUGGGGAAUGAGAACGUCCACAGAUCCGUGAAGCCGCAGAUUCUCUCUGCUUUUGGGGAUAUCGCCUUGGCCAUCGGAGGCGAGUUCAAGAAAUAUCUGGAUAUUGUACUGGACACGCUCCAGCAAGCGUCGCAGGCCCAAGUGGAUAAGACGGAUUACGACAUGGUGGACUACCUGAACGAGCUUCGAGAAGGCUGUCUGGAAGCCUACACAGGGAUUAUUCAAGGCUUGAAAGGCGAUCAGGAAAACGUACAUCCGGAUGUGAUGCUAGUUCAGCCCCGAGUGGAGUUCAUCCUGUCCUUUAUUCACCACAUCGCUGAAGACGAGGAUCAUUCUGAUGGUGUGGUAGCCAAUGCUGCCGGCCUCAUAGGUGACCUGUGCACUGCCUUCGGCAAGGACGUCAUGAAGCUGGUGGAGGUGAGGCCCCUUAUCAAUGAGUUGCUGACCGAGGGCCGAAGAUCUAAGACUAGCAAAACCAAGACUCUGGCCACUUGGGCCACCAAGGAGCUGCGCAAGCUUAAAAACCAGGCUUGACCGAACAAGAGAUCAUACUGAGCAAACCCCACUGGAGUUUCUUCUGUCUUUUGCGCUAUUGGGUUAAAGCAGAAGUUAAGAGUGUGCUGAGAUGAGUGUCUGCAAUGUGAGAGUGAGUGAGUGAGGCUUGAUAUCACACCACCCGAGUACAAUUCCAGCAGUCGCCCGCAGCGUCCAUCCGGCCACCGUUGGACUGAUCUGAAAACGACGACGUGAACAUCGUAUGGGACAGCCGUAGCCGGCCGGUCCCAAACUGACAUUAGUCAACAGAAAAAUUCAAGGAUCAUCAAAGAAGAAACUGCCAAAUGUGGAAGACCACCCGCCCAUUCCCCACCCUGAGAGAAAGGACUUGACGCUGUGCUGAGGUUUGACGUCCCAGCACUAUGGAUACGGACUUCAAGUUGGAGGUAUGCGAUUUUGCUCAGAACGGAUAUCAAUUGGAUAACUAAAAUGGACUUUUGCUGCUGGAAUUGAAGAAAGCUUACAUGAGGGGAAAGAGAAUCAGCAAUUGGAUUUGGUGGCCUGUGUCCCACAGCCUUUUGGAAGCCAUUAACCUGUCCACACAAGGAGUCCUGCUGAUUUUAGGCCUGGCUCAUAAGAAUCAAGUGUGAGAGAGUGAGGGAUUCACUUCACUGCCCAAUACUAUAAAUACAAUGCAAAUACUGAACGCAGUACUGAAACUACUUUGGAGGGGGAUUUUGAGUAAUGGCAGCAUAUGAGAAAUUUGGUAAGUUUUUUUUUUUUUUUUUUUUUUCUUUCUCUUUAAGAAAAUGACUAACAUUCAGACUUAAGGUGUCAUGGGGGGGUUCUCCUUAUUCUGUUGGCCAUCUGUUUCUUUCUUGCCUCUAUUCCAAACUGUGAAAUUUUAAAAGCAAUUCAAAUUCACGGAAAAUGGGUAAUUCAAGGUGAGGAACACACUUUGCAGCUGAAGCAAAAAGCCCGAAAUUUCGACAGGUAACACUUAGCUGUCUGGAUUAUUUUAAAUCUAGUUCCAAAGGUGGGAGUGUGCCAAAGAAUUUAUAACCUGACAGUAAAAAAAUAAAUAAAUAAAUAAAAAUAAAAAAAUACAAAUUGGGUCCUCGUUUGAACGGAUUUAAAGCCUAAAGAAUUGGAUAUACAGUAAGCGGUCCGAUAAUAGGCUUAUGAAAGGAAGUGAUUGGUAGUUUGGGGCUUUUUGUGCUUGCAUUGUUUCCAUUUUGUCGCUGGUUUCCCCCCGAACUUAGUUGGAAAGGUACAGCUUAUCCAACUUGUCUAGAGUAAAAAUGGAGGCAUUUGUAUGAGGUUCUAUUUUUCCACUGCAAUGAAGAAAAAUAAAAUUCUAUCAAACAUUCCCCUAGCAUUGUUUGCAUUUGGUCUUUUUGGUGGGUGGGUUCUGGGGAGCUGAAAAUUCCCGAUGGAGUAAGUGGGCGUUGCAGCCAAUCAAGCCCCCCCCCCCCAACUGGUAACUGGUAUUACUGGCCGGUUUGCAUAUCCCUAGCCUUCUAGGUCGACAAUGUUAAUGGUGAUGCGUAGUAGCUCACCGAAUGGUUGCUAGCUUGCAUUUUAGUUUUCCCUCGAAAUUAAAUGGCUAAUAAUUUGUAUUCAUAUUAGUCAGGAGCCAUUUUGCAUGCCAAGCAGAAGAUGUGAAGUAAAGGCGUUCUCCUGUGGGCCUCCAGGCCCCGGGGCCUCCCAGUGUUCACUGGGAGUCUUAAGCCGCUCCUCCUGCUCCUCUAUGCCAUUGAAUGACCAAACUGGGGACUGCUCCUCCACACAUGCACUUGGCAUUCUUCUCUCCACCCUUUUUGUAUAAAGAGUUUGUCUGCUUUGUGUCUUGGGGUGUAGUGAGCUUCCUGUGGACACGCUUUCUUUUUGGGUGCAUAACCUAUUUCAUACUGUUUUUUUUUUUUUUUUUUUUCUUUUUUAAAUGUUUUUAAGAUGCUGAAGGGAAAAGGUCUGUUUUAAGAUCUUCAAGGGCAAAUCGGUGUCUCCCCUGAGCUUCAGCUUAGCCCAUUGUUCCCAGUGGGGAGAGGAUUUCUCAUCCCAGUUGCCAGUCGCAGUGUGUGAUCCCCACUCAACCAUAACAUGAAGAGCAUUUGUAGCCUGUGCCUUUUUACAAGCGAAGCUGGUCAGAACUGAUAUUGGGAUUGGGAAUGGGAAUGGGAUUCUCUGGCCACUAACGGUUGGAUUUACAGCUUCACUUAUUUUGAUUGACUUUUAAUGUGUUUAGUUCUGUUAUCAAUCUCCACAACUUGCUUUUGGGUGAAAAUUGGUCAACUGCCAGAGGUAAAAGUAAUUCUGUUACAAUAAAACAAGAAAAGGUUCCUACUCUAUUGGGUCGUUUACGCAAGGGUUUUUUUUAUUUUAUUUUAUUUUUUUCCUCCCUCCAGUGUUGGAGUUGAAUUCCUGGCUUUGAUAUAAUUUGUAGUCAUUGGGGCAGGAUGGGGGAAUUGUGGUUUGGGGCGGGGGGGUGUUCUGGAGAUGGGGAAUUUUUGACCAUUCCUCAGUGCUACUUGUUUCAGUCCUGUGUUGCUUUCUGCUUUAGAACCCGAGAAUAAAAUAUGCGGAGUUUCAGCUG